GCGCGUGUGGAGAAAAGCCGCCGAGCUAGAGAGCGGGCCCGGGCGGCGCCGGAGUGGACUCUGGUCCCGGGAGCGCGAUCGGCGCCGGAACGCGGACCCGGAGGCACCGGAAUGCAAACAAAGCUCGCGGGCGCCCGUGCAGGGCUCUCGACGGAGCCCGGAAAGUUUGUUUUAUGAUGGCUUGAGAGCGCGAGUGAGUCGGACGAGGAGGAUCGAGUGGCUCGCUCCCGCGCUCGGAGAGAUGCUUGUCCCGUGAGCCCGCCGCGCCGGGGGCUCGUGCUGUGGGGGCACCUGUCUCUCGUUUCAGCAGUUUAUUUGAUUUUUUUUUUUUUUCCUUUUGAGGAGGGGCUGUAACUCAUCAUGUCGAAAGUGAUCCAGAAGAAGAACCACUGGACUGGCCGCGUUCACGAGUGCACCGUGAAGCGGGGACCCCAGGGCGAGCUGGGAGUGACGGUGCUGGGGGGCGCGGAGCACGGGGAGUUUCUGUACGUGGGGGCGGUGGCGGCAGCCGAGGUGGCGGUGCUUCCCGGCUGCGGCGAGGGCCCGAAGCUAGCCGAAGGUGAGCUGCUGUUGGAGGUGCAGGGGGUCCGGGUGUCCGGCUUGCCCCGCUAUGACGUGCUGGGAGUCAUCGACAGUUGCAAGGAGGCCGUCACCUUCAGAGCCGUCAGACAAGGAGGAAGGCUCAACAAGGACCUGCGACACUUCCUCAACCAGCGCUUCCAGAAGGGGUCUCCGGACCAUGAGCUCCAGCAGACCAUACGGGACAACCUCUACCGCCAUGCCGUGCCUUGCACAACCCGAUCUCCCAGAGAAGGAGAAGUGCCUGGCGUGGAUUACAGCUUUCUGACUGUGAAAGAGUUCUUGGACCUCGAGCAGAGCGGGACCCUGUUGGAAGUCGGCACCUAUGAAGGAAACUAUUAUGGGACACCCAAACCUCCCAGCCAGCCAGUCAGUGGGAAAGUGACCACGACGGAUGCCUUGCACAGCCUUCAGUCCGGCUCCAAGCAGUCGACCCCUAAGCGAACAAAGUCCUACAAUGAUAUGCAAAAUGCUGGCAUAGUCCACACGGAGAAUGAGGAGGAGGAUGAUGUUCCUGAAAUGAACAGUAGCUUUACAGCCGAUUCUGGAGACCAGGACGAGCACACUCUCCAAGAAGCAACGCUCCCGCCCGUGAAUAGUAGCGUCCUCGCCGCUCCCAUCACGGACCCUUCUCAGAAGUUCCCUCAGUACCUACCUCUUUCUGCAGAGGAUAAUUUAGGUCCUCUACCUGAAAACUGGGAGAUGGCCUAUACCGAAAAUGGAGAAGUCUAUUUUAUAGACCAUAACACAAAGACAACAUCAUGGUUAGACCCUCGGUGCCUGAACAAACAGCAGAAGCCUCUGGAAGAAUGUGAGGAUGAUGAAGGGGUACACACCGAGGAGCUGGACAGUGAACUAGAGCUGCCUGCCGGCUGGGAGAAGAUUGAAGACCCUGUCUACGGUGUCUACUAUGUAGACCACAUCAACAGGAAGACACAAUAUGAAAACCCAGUCCUAGAAGCCAAAAGGAAGAAACAGCUUGAGCAGCAGCAGCAGCAGCAGCAGCAGCAGCAGCAGCAGCAACCCCAACCACCACAGCCAGAAGAAUGGACAGAAGAUCAUGCAUCCCUUGUGCCCCCUGUUGCUCCUUCCCAUCCCCAGAGCAAUUCGGAGCCAGCCAGGGAAGCUCCACUUCAGGGCAAACCUUUUUUUACAAGAAACCCUUCUGAGCUGAAAGGCAAGUUUAUUCACACAAAGCUACGGAAAAGCAGUCGUGGCUUUGGCUUCACAGUGGUGGGAGGGGAUGAACCUGAUGAGUUCCUGCAGAUCAAGAGCCUCGUCCUAGAUGGUCCUGCUGCCCUGGAUGGCAAGAUGGAGACGGGGGAUGUAAUUGUCAGCGUGAAUGACACCUGUGUUUUGGGACACACACAUGCUCAAGUUGUAAAAAUCUUCCAGUCCAUUCCUAUUGGUGCCAGUGUGGACCUUGAACUCUGCAGAGGUUAUCCAUUGCCUUUUGACCCGGAUGACCCUAAUACAAGUUUAGUGACCUCGGUGGCCAUUUUGGACAAAGAACCAAUUAUUGUGAAUGGACAAGAGACCUAUGAUUCACCAGCAAGCCACAGUAGUAAAACAGGCAAAGUCAGCAGCAUGAAGGAUGCCAGGCCAAGCAGCCCUGCAGACGUGGCUUCCAACAGUUCCCAUGGUUAUCCCAAUGACACGGUCUCUUUGGCUUCCUCCAUAGCCACGCAGCCAGAGCUGAUAACUGUGCACAUAGUCAAAGGGCCAAUGGGCUUUGGCUUCACGAUUGCAGAUAGUCCUGGUGGGGGUGGCCAAAGAGUGAAACAGAUUGUUGACAGUCCCCGCUGCCGAGGCCUCAAAGAAGGGGAUCUUAUUGUGGAAGUGAAUAAGAAGAACGUGCAGGCUCUGACACACAACCAAGUCGUGGAUAUGCUGAUUGAGUGUCCAAAGGGAAGUGAGGUCACACUGUUGGUGCAGCGAGGAGGGCUACCAGUUCCCAAGAAGAGUCCAAAGUCGCAGCCACUGGAGAGGAAAGACAGCCAGAACAGCUCCCAGCACAGUGUCUCCAGCCACCGGAGCCUGCACACGGCGUCCCCGAGUCACAGCACACAGGUGCUCCCCGAGUACCCACCCGCAGACGCCCCUGCUCCAGAUCAGACCGACAGCUCUGGGCAGAAAAAACCAGAUCCUUUUAAAAUCUGGGCCCAGUCCAGGAGCAUGUAUGAAAACCGACCCAUGUCGCCUUCGCCUGCAUCAGGACUGAGCAAGGGUGAAAGAGACAGAGAGAUCAGUUCCACGAGUUUUGGAGAAUGUCAGAUUCCAGAUUAUCAGGAACAGGACAUCUUCCUUUGGAGAAAAGAGACCGGAUUUGGAUUUAGGAUUCUGGGUGGAAAUGAGCCAGGGGAACCUAUUUAUAUCGGUCACAUCGUACCACUGGGUGCUGCUGACACAGACGGCCGCCUGAGGUCUGGAGAUGAAUUAAUCUGUGUGGAUGGGACACCAGUAAUUGGAAAAUCACACCAGCUUGUGGUCCAGCUUAUGCAACAGGCUGCCAAGCAAGGCCAUGUCAAUCUCACAGUGAGGCGCAAAGUGGUGUUUGCUGUCCCAAAAGCAGAGAAUGAGGUGCCCUCACCAGCUUCAUCGCACCACAGUAGCAACCAGCCGGCCUCUCUGACGGAAGAGAAGCGCACGCCACAGGGCAGCCAGAACUCGCUGAACACGGUGAGCUCCGGCAGCGGCAGCACCAGCGGCAUCGGCAGCGGCGGCGGCGGCGGGGGCAGCGGCGUGGUCAGUGCGGUGCUGCAGCCCUAUGACGUGGAGAUUCGCCGUGGGGAGAACGAGGGCUUUGGGUUCGUCAUCGUGUCCUCCGUGAGCAGGCCUGAAGCGGGCACAACCUUUGCAGGCAAUGCAUGUGUGGCUAUGCCUCACAAAAUAGGUCGGAUUAUUGAGGGGAGCCCUGCUGACCGCUGUGGCAAGCUGAAAGUAGGAGACCGGAUCUUGGCAGUAAAUGGAUGUUCCAUCACCAACAAAUCCCAUUCUGACAUUGUCAACCUAAUCAAAGAAGCGGGCAACACAGUGACCCUCCGGAUCAUCCCCGGGGAUGAGUCCUCAAAUGCCACACUGCUGACCAAUGCUGAGAAGAUCGCCACCAUUACGACUACUCAUGCCCCUUCUCAGCAGGGGACCCAGGAAACCAGGAAUACCACCAAACCAAAGCAGGAUUCUCAGUUUGAGUUCAAAGGACCGCAGGCUGCACAGGAGCAAGAUUUUUACACUGUGGAACUGGAAAGAGGAGCCAAGGGAUUUGGCUUUAGUCUUCGAGGGGGACGAGAGUAUAAUAUGGACCUCUAUGUUCUGCGCUUAGCAGAGGAUGGUCCUGCAGAAAGAUGUGGAAAGAUGAGGAUUGGUGAUGAAAUUCUAGAGAUCAAUGGUGAGACCACCAAAAACAUGAAACAUUCUCGGGCCAUAGAACUGAUAAAGAAUGGUGGCCGCAGAGUUCGUCUGUUUCUGAGGCGGGGAGACGGCUCAGUCCCAGAAUAUGACCCCAGCAGCGACCGGAACGGCCCCUCCACCGGUGCACAAGGUGUUCCGGAAGUGAGGUCCGGGCCGCCAGACCGCAGACCGCAUCCAGCCUUGGAGUCCAGUUACCCACCCGAUCUUCACAAAUCAUCACAACAUGGGGAAAAGCGGGCACACGCGAAGGAUCCAAAAGGCAACAGGGAGCACAGCAGACAACCCAACGAACACCACACCUGGAAUGGAACUUCUAGAAAACCCGACAGUGGGGCAUGCCGGCCCAAAGACCGGCCACCCGAUGCAUGGAGAGACGCACAGCCGGAGCGGACAGCCACCAAUGGCCCCAAGAAGAAGUCUCCGGAGAAGCGCAGGGAAGGCACCCGCAGCGCUGACAACACUUUGGAAAGGAGGGAGAGGCAUGAGAAGAGGAGGGAGGUGUCCCCUGAGAGGAAGCGAGAGCGGUCACCCACCCGGAGAAGAGACAGCUCCCCCAGCCGCCGGCGGAGGUCCCUCGAAAGACUCCUGGAUCAGAGACGGUCCCCGGAGCGCAGAAGAGGGGGCUCGCCUGAGAGGAGAGCCAAGUCCACCGACAGGAGGAGGGCCAGGUCCCCUGAGCGCAGGCGAGAGCGGUCUCUGGACAAAAGGAACCGGGAUGACAAGGUUGGCCACCGAGAAAAGGAGGAGGCUGGUCUGAAGGCUGAGGCCGGGAGAAGCCCCAGAAAUCCCCCGGAGCAGAGAAGGCGGCCUUAUAAAGAAUGUAGCACCGACCUCAGCAUCUGAGACUCUGAGUCACAUUGCAACCUUUACCGUGUCAAAGGUUCUAAGAGGGAGGUCGCAAACAUGAAAUAGUUUAGUUUCUUACCUGAGGCAGCAUCUGACACCUGACAGACCUAUGAAUAGUAAUGGACAUUUUAUGCAUUUGAAAUCUUAUAAGAAAAAAAAUAUAUAUGAAAAGUCUUGUGCCUGAUGUAUAAUAUUAAAGAAAGUAUUUUUAAAUGCAUACUUUUUUUGAAAAUCAUUUGCCAAAAUAAUGGCCCAAAGGGAUGUACAUUUUGUUUCUUCACAAGCUAUAGAAUUGUUGAGAAUUGUUCCCUCUUUGGGGCAAGCU